GCACCAGUUUGAGUUGAGAUUUCGAACGGAUCGGACGUGUCUCCCUCGGUCGGUCAGCUGUUGCGCGUUUUUUUCUUUUCCUUUCCUUCACACUACACAGCAGCCCGAAUUGUUUCCUGAAAAGUGUGGGGGGCGCCGCGGGUGAUUUCGCGGAGGAAAAAGGUGUUUUUUUCGAGCUCUAGUGUGUGAGUGCGAGUGAGAGAGAGAGGGCAAGUGUGGAAAAUAUUUUUUCUUCGAUGAAAAAAAGUCGGUGACUGGGCGAAAAAGAAAAGAGAGAAAAACCUGUGUGUGUGGGGAAAAUCUUGCAUAAGCUUUUCGUCCUUUUUUGAGGGCGCUGUCGAUCCAGAUUCCAGCGCACCCAGGAGCAGUGUCCACCCCGGACGCGGACGGAUUCGCGAACGCACACACACGAUCGUCAAAGUCGUCGCGAGUGUGAUUUCGAAAUCGAGAUGCUGUGAAAGGAGGAGAAAAAUCUGGAUUAAACAGGUGACUGAGGCUGGAGCACGACCGAGAAGAGAGAAGAGUUCAAAGUUUGUUGUGAACGUGUCCUUUUCGAAUCUGCACACAACAAGAAGAAUAAAUAAAGAAGCAACACAAGUUGAUUGAAGUGAAAAUAAUAGCAAAGUGCAAGUGGUCGGUUGGUCGAGGCACACAAAAGAAGUGUGAUUUGAACUUUCUCGCCAAUUUGACACGCGCGCCUUCAGCCACAAUCAAUAGAAAGAAAGGAAUCAAAAUAAAUUGUGUUACAGAAGAGGAAAAAAAACUACAAUUAUCCUAUCGGAAACGGUUGUUUUUGUCGGCGCAGAAAAAAAAGUAGCUCAGUGGAGAAGCGCGAGAGCCAGUUUUGCUUGAUGAGUUGUUGUAGGUGAAGAGAUUUGGAGUGGUGAAGGAGUGAAGAAGGGGAAGAAGUAGGAGAAGAAGAAGAAAACAGACUAGUGGAUUAUCUUCCGGAGGAAAAGAAGCAGGAACACCGAAGACGACGGCUCAACGUAGUGGCAGCAGCAGCAGCGGCGGAGCGAACCCACUCCGCACCCAGCUUGCGCCAAGAUGGGUGACGUUGAUCCGGAAACGCUGCUAGAAUGGCUCUCAAUGGGCCAGGGGGACGAGCGGGACAUGCAGCUGAUUGCGCUCGAGCAACUCUGCAUGCUGCUGCUCAUGAGCGACAACGUGGACCGGUGCUUCGAAAGUUGUCCCCCGCGGACGUUUCUGCCGGCUCUGUGUAAAAUCUUCCUGGACGAGCUCGCGCCGGAGAACGUGCUGGAAGUGACGGCCCGUGCCAUCACGUACUACCUGGAUGUGUCCUCGGAGUGUACGCGGCGCAUCGUGGCCAUCGAUGGUGCUAUCAAGGCGAUCUGCAACAGGCUCGUGGUGGCCGACCUGGAGAGCCGUACGAGUCGGGACCUGGCGGAACAGUGCAUCAAAGUGUUGGAACUGAUUUGCACCCGCGAGGCCGGAGCCGUCUUCGAGGGUGGUGGACUGAACUGCGUGCUGUCCUUUAUCCGCGACAACGGAUCCCAGAUCCACAAGGACACACUGCACUCGGCGAUGGCCGUCGUGUCGAGGCUUUGUACCAAGGUUGAACCCCAGGGUGCGAACGUGCAGACCUGUGUCGAGAGCCUUAGUACGCUGCUUCAACACGAAGAUCCGCUGGUGGCCGAUGGCGCGUUGAAGUGCUUUGCCUCGGUCGCGGACAGGUUCACCCGGAAGGGCGUUGACCCGCGGCCAUUGGCCGAGUACGGUCUGGUCACGGAACUGCUCAACAGGCUAAGCAACGCUGCAGGGCCAGCAGGUCCCGUCCCGGCGGCCAGUUCCGAAGCGAGCGGUGCAGCAGCCAGCGGAGGCAGCCAAUCCAAUAGUCAGGAAGCUGCCUCGACAACCACCACGACGACGACGACAGUUCAGCUGUCCUCGUCGGCUCCCAAGACCCAGGGUGCGGCCGAAGCAGGUCGAUCGAGUCAGUCCAUUGCCACGACCAUAUCACUUCUGUCCACGCUGUGUCGGGGUUCACCGUCCAUCACACACUCCCUGCUACGGUCCAAACUGGCCGAGGCCAUGGAACGGGCCUUCAAAGGCGACGAACGGUGCGUCCUCGACUGCAUGAGGCUAGCCGAUCUCAUUCUGUUGCUGCUGUUCGAGGGCCGGCAAGCGCUUGGCCGAGUCGGCGGUUCCAGUGGACAGUUGGCACCUCGCGUUCGACGGGCAGAUUCCAGCACGGAACGAACGCACCGACAGCUCAUCGACUGCAUCCGCAGCAAGGACACGGAAGCCCUCAUCGAAGCCAUCGAAUCCGGCGGAAUCGACGUCAACUGUAUGGACGACGUUGGCCAAACGCUGCUCAACUGGGCCUCGGCUUUCGGUACUCUAGAAAUGGUAGAAUUCCUAUGUGAUAAAGGUGCUGACGUCAACAAGGGCCAGCGAAGUUCCUCUCUGCAUUACGCGGCCUGUUUUGGCCGGCCCGGCAUUGCCAAAGUGCUGCUCAAACACGGUGCCAAUCCGGACCUGCGGGACGAAGACGGCAAAACUCCGCUGGACAAGGCACGCGAACGACCGGACGAAGGUCAUCGCGAGGUCGCCUCGAUUCUGCAGUCCCCAGGCGAGUGGAUGACGGCCGCGACCCGGUCCGAACUGCUCAAGAGCGAGGGCUCGGAAGAGGGCGGCGACGCGGAACCCCGAGGAGAUCCCGAGAUGGCCCCGGUCUAUCUCAAGUUCUUUCUGCCCAUCUUCUGCAAGACGUUCCAAAGCACAAUGCUGGCCAGCGUUCGGCGGUCUAGUUUAGGUCUCAUUAAGAAAAUGAUCCAGUACGUGCAGCCGGAGAUGCUGUCCAGGCUAUGCUCGUCCGAGGGUCUUCAAAGUCACGAGCAAAGCUUGGGAACGCUACUAGUCGAAGUCGUCGCCAGUGUCCUAGACAACGAGAUUAGCUACAGCUGGCCGUCACUGCCCGCGUCGUCACCAUCGUCAACGCCAAUAUUUGGCCCUCUACCGGCACCGCCGCCGCCACCUCCUCCCCCAUCGAUGCUGCCCAUAACUGUGUCCACUCCGCCGGUUGUUAGCAUACUCGGGUCUCGGCUGGGUUACGCCGAACGCGUCAGCAAAUAUGUCCAGAACCUGCGCCAGCAGAACCAGAACUCGAAUCGACCUGCCUCAACGACGACGACGACAUCAUCCAAGACGACGGCAGUCGUCCGCCGUAACUCUAGUUCUUACAUAAUUCCUCCCCCGCCGCCAAUGUUGCCAGCUUCGUCGUCGUCGUCGUCGUCUUCUUGGAUUAAGGUGCCCUGUCCCAUGUCCACCGCCAUCAACGGUUUCGUGAGGACCGGGGGCAAAAGCAAUAACAACAACAGCGUCGUCACACCGUCGGCAGCAACAAACAAUAGUCGAAGCAAUUGGUCCGAUCUGAGCAUUGCGGACGACGAGGAUGGCCACCUGGUGGUGCUCACGAUCAUCGAGGAACUCAUGUCAAAGACGCAGAACGACUUCCUGGACCACUUUGCCCGGCUCGGCGUCUUCUCCAAGGUGCAAGCCCUGAUGGGAGACAGCGGAACCGGCUUCGGCUCGGCAUCCGGCGCCGGAGGUGGCGAAGGAGGCGACAACACGGUCAUCAAGUCGUCCUCGACAUCGUCGUCCGAGGAAGUCGCUCCGAAGGCGGUCCUCGCGGUUCCACCGACGCCAUCACCCCCAGCCACCACCAACACCACUGGAGGUGACCAGGCCGGACCGAUUCCACCGCCGGCAGUUCCGGUCCCUGUUGCAGCGGCAGGUGUGACGACGGCCACCGUCGAGGACGCCAAAGAGAUCCUGCCCGGAAAGGCGUACCACUGGCGGGAUUGGAGCAUUUGCCGAGGUCGGGACUGUCUGUACGUGUGGUCCGAUUCGGCCGCCCUCGAGCUGUCCAACGGCUCGAACGGGUGGUUCCGGUUCAUCCUGGACGGCAAACUGGCCACCAUGUACUCGAGCGGAAGUCCGGAGAACGGCAGCGACAGCUCAGGCAAGGGAAGGACGGAUUCCUUGGCUGGCGAAGAAAACCGCGGCGAAUUCCUGGAGAAGUUGCAGCGAGCGCGUGGCGCCGUCCGGCAGGGCACCGUCUCGCAGCCGAUUCUGUCCACGCCCAGCCUGUCGCGGAUCGUCGUCGGCAACUGGGUGCUGCAGAGUCAGAAGGAACACCAGCUACAUAUCAACAACUCCGAGGGUCACCAGGUGACGAUUCUGCAGGACGAACUGCCCGGGUUCAUCUUUGAGAGUAACCGCGGAACGAAGCACACGUUUACGGCGGAGACGACGCUGGGGCCGGACUUUGCCGCCGGCUGGAUCAACACGAAGAAGAAGAAGAUGCGCUCGAAGGCCGAAGCGCAAAAGUAUCAGGUGAAGAACAUUGCGCGGGAUUUGUACAAUCGGUACUUUAAGGCGGCGCAGGCGGUUCCGCGGGGUGCGGUGGCCAAGUUGUGCGCGAUUGUGCGGUUGAUUGAGAGUGCCCUGGAGGAACAGUGCGCGCCGAAGCCGCUGCAGCAGCGAAUCUCGCCGACGAGCUCGACCUGGCAGGAGAAGCUACAUAAUGCGUUGAAUGAUUUGGUGCAGCUGCUCAACGAGGACGGAGUCAUCUCGGCGUACGAAAUGCACAGCUCUGGGUUGGUUCAGGCGCUGGUGGCCGUGUUGUCGCGGAACUUUUGGGAACUCGGCAUGAAUAGGAGUAAGGCCAACAAGUACCAGAAGCAGCGAAUUUCCAUCUUCAAGAAGUGCAUGUACGGAGACUCGAAGAACGGCAAGAAUACGGCGAAUAUUCUGGUCCAGAAGUUGGUUGCCGUGCUGGAGAGUAUCGAAAAGUUGCCGGUCUACAUGUACGACUCGCCAGGGGGAAGUUAUGGACUGCAGAUUUUGACGAAGCGACUAAGCUUCCGGUUGGAACGAGCGGCCUGCGAGCAGACGUUGUUUGACCGGACGGGACGAAACCUCAAGAUGGAACCGCUGGCCACGGUUGGUCAACUGAACAAGUACUUGCUCAAGAUGGUGGCCAAGCAGUGGUACGACAUGGAACGGACCUCGUUCCUGUAUCUGAAGAAGCUCAAGGAGGCCAAAUCCGGGCCGGCAGCUCAGUUCAAACAUCAGCAUGAUUUCGACGAGAACGGAAUCAUCUACUACGUUGGAACGAACGGCAAGUCAACGGAGUGGGUCAACCCGGCCCAGUACGGCCUAGUAACGGUGACCAGCAGCGAAGGUAAGCAACUUCCGUACGGCAAACUGGAGGACAUCCUGUCCCGAGACAGCGUCAGCGUAAAUUGUCACACCAAGGACAACAAAAAAUCGUGGUUCGCGAUCGACCUCGGAAUGUUCAUCGUCCCGACGGCGUACACUCUGCGUCAUGCACGCGGCUACGGCCGAUCUGCCCUGCGCAACUGGAUGUUCCAAAUGUCCAAGGACGGCGUCAACUGGGUCACCAUGUUGACGCACUCGGAUGAUAAGAGUCUGGCGGAACCCGGCAGCACCUGCACUUGGCCACUGGAAUGUUCCGCUGACGAGCAGCAAGGAUUCCGUCACGUGAGGAUCCACCAAAACGGACGUAACGCCUCCGGCCAAACACACUACCUUAGCCUGAGUGGGUUCGAGAUCUACGGCAAGGUCGUGUCCGUCUGUGAGGACAUGGGAAAGGCUGCGGCCAAGGAGAACGAAGCGAAGCUGCGUAAGGAACGCCGACAGAUCCGGGCUCAGCUUAAGUACAUCACCCAGGGGGCGCGUGUAAUUCGCGGUGUCGAUUGGCACUGGGACGACCAGGAUGGAGCCCACCCAGGCGAGGGAACCGUCACCGGAGAGAUUCACAACGGUUGGAUUGACGUCAAGUGGGAUCACGGCCUACGGAACUCGUACCGCAUGGGCGCGGAAGGAAAGUACGACCUCAAGCUGGCCAACAGCGAAGGGUUGACCGCACCGUACGACAUGAACAACUCCGGCUCGGGAAUGGUCCCGCUGAGUGGCGCAGGAACCGUCUCAUCCGCCAAGAAGGUCUACGACAAGUCACUGAACGUGCUCACCAGUCGCAAGUCGAGCUCAACUCCGAGCCUGCCGGAAGCCACGGAGAACAAAUCCGCUUCGGUAGCAUCGACCGAACAGGCCACCUCCGUAGACAACCUUGCCUGGAAGCAGGCCGUUGAAGUCAUCGCCGAGAACGUUCUCUCGUGUGCUCGGUCCGACCUGGCCAACACCAGCGGUGGAAGCAGCUCCAACGAUCUGUCCACUCCGAACGCCAACAACAACAAUAACCUAAACAACCAGGAAGUCUCCGUUAUUGUACACUCGCUCGGUGAACGCGGCAACAUCCCGGACCUGUCCCAAAUAAACACGAGCACGUCGACUCUAGUCUCCGAUCUGGCCACCAUCACGGAAAAUCUGACCCUCUCGGACAACAUCAAGAACAACAUUGGCGCGGCGAGCGCGAGUUCCCAGUUUGUCAGCAACUUUGGCACCCAACUCGCGGCCAGUUCUUCGUCCUCUUCCUCGGAGGAGAACAACAAGGCCAACAACAUCACCGCUUACCUACCCACGAAGCUGGACGUUCUGGACAAGAUGCGCGAAGGAGUUGACAUGCUACGGAACAACACCAACAAUCUGCUCUCGUCCGAACUGCUCACCCAGUCGAACCUGCUUUCCUCGGUCAAGAUUGCCCUGCCAACGCCCGCCCCAUCAACCACCGGAGCUGCCGCCCCACCCCCGCCAGCAGGCACAAUCUUCGUGGCCAGCACCAGUACCAGCAGCACCAGCACCCUCCCGCCAAUCGCCGACGACCGGGACGUGGCCAACAACCUGCGCAACAACAUCGUAGUGGUCCCAUCAUCCGGUGGCGUCACCAAGAAGGUCCUCAACGAGCCCGCCUCCACCCCGGACGAUCGCGACGUCGCCAACAAUCUGCGCAACAACAUUGUCGUCGUCGACUCGGAGUCACCCACUGUCGCUGCUAGUUCUUCGAAGGAAGCCGUACCGGACUCCCCGUCAGCGGUCGUGGCUGCCAAUCCGAUGAGCGUGAGCGUACCCAACUUAACAAGCAACGAAAGUACCACCCCGUCCGAGUCGCAAACGCCAACCGGCCUGCUGGAGACGUUUGCGGCGAUCGCGCGUCGACGCACGUCGGGAAGUUCCGUUGCGACCCCGCCCGGUAUCGUCGGAACGUCAUCCUCCGGUAACGCAUCGAACAACGCCACACCCAACAACAACCAGCUCAGCAGCGUCACGUCCAACAUCCAGGCCAACUCGAGCUUCUUCCCGCGGGGACCCAACUCGGUGACGAGUCUGGUAAAGUUGGCCCUUUCGAGCAAUUUCCACAGCGGUCUGCUCAGCACCGCCCAAAGCUAUCCGAGUUUGUCGAGUUCGUCGAACAACGCGGCGGCCAACACGAACAACAACCCGUCGAGUGGCACCGGGGCAAACGCCAACAGUGGUUCCGGCCAGGCCGCGGCUUCGUUGCUGAAUCCGGCGCUCACGAUGAGCCUGACUUCGACGAACAGUGAUAGCGAGCAGGUUUCGUUGGAGGACUUCUUGGAGCAGUGUCGCGCUCCGACGUUGCUGGGAGAUUUGGAAGACGACGAAGACAUGGAGGAUGAGAACGACGACGAUGAGAAUGAGGACGAGUACGAGGAGGUCGGAAAUACGCUGCUUCAGGUCAUGGUUUCGCGGAACUUGCUGUCGUUCAUGGACGAAGAAACGUUGGAGAAUCGGUUGGCCGCGGCUGGCAAGCGCAAGUCUUGGGACGAUGAGUUUGUGCUGAAGAGGCAGUUCUCUGCGCUUAUCCCGGCGUUUGAUCCACGACCGGGUCGAACCAACGUCAACCAAACCAGCGAUCUGGACAUCCCGGCACCGGGUAGCUCCACGGACAACACCGCCCACCCCAGCAGUAGCAAUUCGGAACACGCUCCGCUGCCACAACCCUCGCUGGCACUGCUGCUGCGAGGUCCGAACAUCAACGGAGUCAACGACGUGGAAAUUCCCCUCUCGCAGCCCGAUUGGACCAUCUUCCGAGCCGUCCAGGAACUGAUUCUGCAAACCAACAUGACCAAACAGGACAAGUUCCGCAAGAUUUGGCAGCCGACGUACACCAUCGUGUACCGAGAGGCGUCCGCUCUGACCGGUGGCCGCGAGGACUUUAGCAGUGGCGAAGAAGGUCGAGCUACGCCCGUUCCAGUGUCGAUGUUCUCCCAGCGAAGUGGCGGAUCAACGCUUUCCCCCAGCUCUCCAAUCCCUGGAACGCCGUCGACCCCAGCUCACUGCACUGUGGAGGACGUCCUUCAACUGCUGGGCCAGCUCAACUCCAUCAACCAAAGCCUGGCCUCGUCACCCUCCAACAACGACAAGAACCUCGAAAGCAUCUCGAACGUGCUCAUCCCGGACACGUUCAUGAGUAAGAAGAUCACCAACAAGCUGCAGAAGCAGAAGUCUGCCCAAGUGGUGCGAGGACUUUAACCAGAGCUGUUCGUUGCUGUUUCCGUUCGAGACGCGCUAGCUGUACUUUAACUGCACGGCCUUUGGCGCCUCGCGGAGUAUCGUUUGGUCGCAGUCCCAGCGGGAUGUCAACCUGGAGAGGCAACGCGCUCCCGGCCUAAGUCCACGCCACGCCGACCAGCACGAGUUCCGCGUGGGUCGUCUAAAGCACGAACGUGUCAAGGUACCGCGCGGGGAGAACCUACUCGAGUGGGCCCAGCAGGUCAUGAAGCAUCACUGCAAUCGCAAGUCCGUGCUGGAGGUGGAGUUCCAGGGUGAGGAAGGAACCGGUCUGGGACCGACGUUGGAGUUUUACGCUCUUGUGGCGGCCGAACUUCAGCGAAGUGACCUCGGAAUGUGGCUGUGUGACGACGAACCGAAGCUGAUCGAGGACGAAAUUGACCUUGGGGAGGGUAGCAAACCGAUUGGAUAUUACGUGAGGCGAUCAACCGGACUGUUCCCAGCCCCGUUGCCGCAAGAGUCGGAGGUUUGUGACUUUGUGGCGAGUUACUUCUGGUUCCUGGGCGUAUUUCUGGCCAAGGUGCUUCAGGAUGGCCGACUCGUCGAUUUGCCACUGUCCAACAGUUUCCUGCAGCUGCUGUGCCACAACAAGUCCAUCUCGCGGGACGCCGGAGCUUCGUCCAAGUCCGAUGACGUGAUGAUUUCUUCGCUCAUGUCGGAGGAAAGUGAUCGCGACCUGGUCGACAAGCUGGCCAACGACGGCUGCUGGUACGAUGGCAUCCUGUCGCAGGAGAACCUCCACGAAAUCGACCCCAUUCGGUACGAAUUCCUCAAGGAGCUUCAGGAACUGGUCCAGCAGAAGCAAAACAUCGAACAGAACGACGAUCUCAGCUCGGAGGAGAAACUGCUGCAGAUCAGCGAGCUCAAGUUCAACACCAAAACGGGCAGCGUGGCGCUGGAAGACCUCGCUCUCACCUUCACCUAUCUACCGAGCUCGAAGAACUACGGUUACCAGUCGGCGGACUUGAUCCCGAACGGGGCCAACAUCGACGUCACGAUCAACAACGUCGAGGAGUACUGCAACCUGACGAUCAACUUCUGCCUGCAGGAGGGCAUCGGCAAGCAGCUGGCCGCGUUCCACCGCGGCUUCUGCGAGGUAUUCCCGCUGAACAAGCUGGCGGCGUUUACGCCGGAGGAGAUCCGGAAGAUGCUGUGCGGCGAGCAGAACCCCGAGUGGACCCGGGAGGACCUUAUGACCUACACGGAGCCGAAGCUGGGUUACACGAAGGAGAGCCCCGGUUUCCUGAGGUUCGUGAACGUACUGAUCGGAAUGAACGCGAGCGAGCGGAAGGCGUUCCUGCAGUUUACGACCGGCUGCAGCAGCCUGCCCCCGGGUGGACUGGCCAAUCUGCACCCGCGGUUGACCGUGGUCCGGAAGGUGGACGCUGGCGAGGGUUCGUACCCGUCGGUUAACACGUGCGUCCACUACCUGAAGCUGCCGGACUACCCGAACGAGGAAAUUCUGCGUGAACGGUUGCUCACCGCGACCAAGGAGAAGGGAUUCCAUCUGAAUUAAGCGAGAAUCCUUCGUGAUAAAUUAGAAAGAGAGAGCGAGAGGAGAAAGUGUCCCACUUGUUUUAUGUUGAUGACCAAAAUUACGAUGCUGAACACUCAAACUCUUGAACUUAGAUUGAUUGAAAUCCUCCCAUUCUACACACAUAAUCCACAAUUGAUGAUUGGAAAAAAUUAAAUAUUUUUAGCUAAAACAAAAAUCAAUGCACAGAAGGAUCAUCUCCUCUGAGAAAUAUAUUGCAAAAAAAAGAAGGAAAAAAUGACACGUUGACGAUUACUUAAAGUUUUCGAUUUGUUGUGGUUUUAAGUUUUAAAUCACUAAAUAAAAAAUUAAAGAAUGAUAAAACCUGGAUUUUUGAAGAAACGUGCUUAUAACCAACGCAUGUUUUCAACACACCUUAAGUUUGCUGUGAGUAAAAUGUUUAUGAAAUAUAAAAUGCCCUAGAAUUAGUUUGAGAAAUAAUAAAAAAGUGACACACACACACAACACCCCCUUCUCACGUAACACAGUUUUAAGUAGCCCGUAAUGAUUUAUCUGUAAAUAAUAUUAAAUAAAACAAAAACACGCAAAUCAUUGCUGCAAACAGAAAAAAGACCUUGGGCAGCCAACAACAAAAAAGUGCUAAGAAGCUUUCGAACCGUACAGAGCAGACAGAGUCAAAACUCGCCUAGCGAAAAUAACGGCAGAAUCAUUUAUUUUUUUGCUUAGUCUACCCAUUAAUUUCACGUUUAUUUUGAGAAAAUUUUCGACCGUACGAUAUGAUGGCAUGUAUUGGAAAUACUUCACAAUAACACAUACGCUAUUAUCAAUAAAAGUUUAUGUUGGUAAAAGAAUAAUAAAAAAAACCAAUAAAAAAAUUAAAACAGAAAAAAAUAUAUUAUAGACAAUUUACAACCACAAACCUAAAAGUACUGCUAUCAAAAACUUCAAUAUUACAUGAAUGAUUAAAAAAAAUGCAUAAAUGCGAAUUUUAAAUUCACAAAAAUGAAAUGUUAA